GACGUAUGUCUUCUGGUGAGUGGUUUUAGGCUGCAGAAAUAAGCCCAGCCUUGAAAGAAAUUGUCAGAAGCAGAUUUUGGGUAGGGGACCCAUCUCUUGUGGUUCUGUUGGCUUGGCACAGCAGCAGGCAACUGGUACCUGGCACCACCAGGUGAAGUGUUGAUAUUGACUUGGGUUUAAAAGGUAGCCUAGGCUGUUUGGUUUGUGAAAACUAAUACUGGCUAGUUUCAUUCUGCUAGGACGUAAUGUGCUGGUGGCUAAUAGUCUGGUGGACUUUCAAAUGUGUAUGCAAGCACACACUUAAAGUUUGUGGGCACUUCUCUUUAAUCCUUAGAGACAAGAACAAGUCUAAUUGGUUGGAAGAAGUUUCUCUUUUCUGUAGCCCAAAUCCUGAGGACAUACAAUUGCAGUUCAAGAAACUCAAGCAUCAAGUACUGAGAUGAAUUAAGUAUUUUUUUUAAGUAGUCCAGAGUCUCUGCUUGUGCAAACUGAUGAUAACAGACGGUGCAGCUCUGUGUAGGUGAGGCAUGGCCUGACCGCAGCAGGAGGAGAGAAGACCUCCUUUUCGUCAGUGUGCCUCUUCUGACUUCUAGCAAUCUUUUUGCUCUACCUCCUCAGUUUGCCUGCCUGUAGAGCAGAGAUAAUAUUUUUCAGUCCUCGGGGGAAGAUCACACACGUGAAGGACUUUGAAGAUAAAAACCACUCUACGCUAGCUAUUACUGUUAGCUUUACAUAAAACCGAAGCAUGUGGUGUUAUCUGACUCUUUUAUGCUGUGUAUCUCAGAGCAAUUCAUGCAUAUCUAAUAAUCAAGAAUUCAGAAAUAGCAGCAUGUUGCCAAUGUAGGGAAAGUGGAGCUGUGAGAAUGUGCCUCACUCCUGUUUUUAGCCAACAGGCAGGAAAAGGUAAAAAAAAAAAAAAAAAGCAAAAGCUUACUACUGCAAGAAUUAGCUUUUUUUUCUUGCUUUUUUUCCUUCAGCUGCUGGAGUCAUGUGAAAGACUUGGGCAGCUGGGACCGCAGGGAAAACGUCAUCUUUCAGAGGUUUUAAUGACACUAAUUGCUGCAUUGAAUAUUGGUGCUUAAAAUUUAACUAGUAGUAACAUCUCAGCGUACUGUAGAAGUCUUACUUUACUGAUCAGAUGCCAUAUUUUUUCGAUUUUGGUGAAGGAAUGUUUCCACGCAAACUUGCUGUAUUUUACUGUGUUUAAUAAUGUGCAUAUUGAGAAGGUAAACAUAGCUCAUCCUUCUCUUGAGGUAAUUUGCCUCUAUCAGAGAAUUUUUACACUUCUAAGUGACCAACUACUGCCCAAACCUAUACUGGAACUGUCUUAUAUUAUUGUAAGAUAACGUAAUUGUGGUUCUCUAGUUCUUCCAGGUCUGUUUACAAAUGAUGUAGGAUUUGUACAGAGACAUUCUCUUAUUAGCCAGCUGCUGUAGCUGAGGAAGAAUCAAACUUUCAAACAAUUUGUGUUCCUGAAAGAUUCUCUGGUUGUUUUGUUUUGGUGGUUUUGUUUUGUUCUUAUUCUUUGACAAUGUUUGAUGAUCUGAUAAAAGUUACUGCCACUCAUAUACAAAAUAAUAAAAGCCUCUGAGGUAACAGAAGUUAAGGGCAGAAGUCACCAGCUCUUAAAAAGUAGCUCUGUGGGCUUAGACCAAAUAAAUCCUGUAUGGGCAUAUUGGGAAGAGAAGACGUCUGUAACCAUGUCUUGUUUGUCCAUGAGGUGUGGAAGACCUAGAUGAUAAGGUUAAAGAAAUGCUACUUUUCUGACUUGGAGCAGGAGCUCAGAGGUGAUAAGACUGUAAAAAAGAGAAACCCGAGAGGCUGUUCUCUUGGGCUGUCUUCUGGUGGCUGCCCAGGCCAAGGCUUUGCCCUUGCUGUGCCCUGAGGGCCAUCAGCGAGCUACUGGGUAGGCAACCUCAUGCCCCUUGUAGGUCAUCAGGUCUUGUUGUCAACACAAGAGAGCACUGAAAGCUUUUUGGAAACCGUGAGCACUUCUUCACUGGUGUGGAGCUUUCCUCUGGCUGUUUUGCAGAUGAGGCAGCUUUUUGGGAGUGCCGUGCCUGCUUUCUCUCCAAAGUUUCAUCUGGCAAUGACCAAGCUGAUGGCAGAUGAGAGGCGGUCUCAGCUGAAUCAGUACCUUCAGAAUGUUACUUUGGAUUCAAAUAUUAACAAUAGUGAUAUUUUCAGAGGCUUUUUCCAAAAGCUACAGCAGGAUACAUUUAAGAUCCAAACCCAGAGAGCCUUUCUGGAUGUUUAUCUCGCCGAUAGCAGCAAUAUUAGACUUGGUAUCCAGACAUCGGACACUGCAGAAAGAAUAUUAGAGAUAAUGGAGUUUGCACCACCCGAGGCAAUGCUGGGACCAGGUCUUCCAGGGGAAGGGGAGGUUACAUUGUACAAGAUGGAGCUAUCAAGAGAAUUAAUAAAAUAUUUUAGCUUAUUUUUCUUUUAAGAUCGUGAUGGUGGAGCUCUAUCUGUGGUGAAAAAAUUGGCAGACUUUGAACUUCCUUAGAGUCUUCAGAGCAUGAAAGAGUUGCACUGUAAGCUUGGGAUCAGAAAGUGGUAUAUGGGCCCUUCUCUUGAUAUGCUGCUGAUGGAUUGUAGAGCUUCGCUGAAUUUGCUAUAUAUUCAGGCAAUCCAGGAAGUUAAGAAGAAUUGAGUUAAACCAACAGAAUGGCAGAUGAAAGAACUUAAAUUUCUACAAUAAAAUGCAAACAAAGUAAAGUUUCUGGAGCUCAUUCAAGUGUAGUUCUAUGGAUAUGUACGGCUUGAUCCUUGUCCAGAAGAAGGCUGCUCAGCUGACAUCUAUGUUGGGAAUAAUGAGAUUAACUGCUGCAUAAAACUGCCUACUAACCAAACCAAAGAGGUCAGCUUCAAAAUCAACCGGUUAAGAAGCUGGCAGGUUACUUUUCUUGAUGGUGAUGAAGAUGCCCUGGAGCUCAGAUUUUAGUACAAUGAUUCAGGCACAUUGCAGUGGGUAAUUUUAUACACAAACCAGGCCUUUUUGCUCAGUAGCUGCUUGAAGAAAAUUAUUUCAGAACAGAUGAUGAAGGCAGCCAAAGGAGGCCAAGAAAUGCAGAUCAAGAUGCCCGAGUCCAUGAAAAACAGUAAGAAACCCAGCAUCCAACAGAAGCAGUUAGUGCAUUUGGGUUUUACAUCAAGGAAAAGAUUUUUGGUUAUGCCAAAUGAAGAAGACUGUGUAUCUGAGAAAAUAAGAGAAGAGGACUUGUGAUUAAUUAAUUUCAGAUACUGUCUCUCAAAAUCAGUUGUCCUGGAAUAAUAAAACUGUUGUUGAAACCUUGGAUUAUAAGGGCAAAAAAAAAAUCUUCAGUGUAAUUCCUCUGCCUUGUUCUUAAUGGUGUUUACAACUGUGGCGAGACAGUUUGAAUGGGUGCUGAGAAUCUGGCAGUAUCUUGCAUACAUGCUUUUUUGGCUUUUUUUCCCCCAGAUUGAAAUCAGUGGGGCAGAAAGGGGCAGGUUAAUUAGAAAUGAUGCUAUCAUGUUAGCAGAGGAAAAAGUAUUUAUGUAUCAGUUCAUAAUGUUUCUGUAUGGGUGUAAUUAUUGCAGCUGAGCUGGCUCUUGCCACCCAGACAUUGUCUGGAAAAAGCACCUAUUUCCUAUGAUCAUUUCCCUUCCCAGGACGGGUCAUUCCUUUCAAGCAGAAACAACUGUUGAGGUGCCCUGGUUGCCCUCUUGAGAUCCCCCCAGUGCUGAUUCAAAAGCUGCUAGGCUUUGGAGAGUGGAGGUAUUGGUGUGCUCGCUGGAACAGUGUGGGGAGGGCGGCCAGUUGCAUGUAUUUAACUGUGCAUCAGAAAUUGAGCUGUUUUAUACUGGUGACAUAGGGAUAAGCAGAUACCUGAGGUAGCGGCAUAAGGUAUGCACACCAUUAACCACAUCACUGCGUCAUUUGCCAAAUCCACAAUACUCCAUCCCAGCCUUGAAGUAGCUUAGAUGCUUCUUACUCUCCUUGCUUUGAAAGGCAGGAUCAGGUGUGAGUAAAGGAUCAGCGAGUGAGCGGGGGAGGAAAAAAAAAGCCAUACUAAUGUUUUUGGGGAAGUUGAACAAUUUCAGUUUUGUUUCUUUGUGUGGUUUUGGUUUGUUUGGGUUUUGUUGUUUUUGUUUUGGUUUGGGUUUUUUUUGGGGGGGUGAGUUGUUUUUUGUUACAUUUUGGGUUUUGUUUUGGUUGGGUUUAUUUUGUGGGUUUGUUUUGUUUUUUAAUUCCCCGUUUACUUAUCCUCACAGAACCUCCAGGUUUUGAUUUUUUACCUUUCAGGUGUUUGUGGUGGUGUGGAUUAGCACACACAGCGGUGUCACAAAUAAAGCCCCCCUGAGAGGCAGAGCUUUGACAACUUCGUGGUGUUUCCUCUACUUAACAAAAAGUCAACUGUUAACGCUUUUGGAGGGUUUUUUAUGUAAAUCAGUGACUUGAUUCUGUUCAUUAAAGCUGUUUCCCCCUUC